GACUUCUCUGUUCUUCCCCUUUCACUCUUAGAAGCUGGCAGAGUCCCUGAAGAGGGAAGACACGAGGAAACAGGGAAAAGGGGUCGGAGCUCAGUGGGUGAGCAAGAAAAGCCGUCUGGAAGAUGUAAGCGGCCAGAUGGCUCAAAGACAAACUCUUCCCGGCCCAGGAUCCUGCCCAGACACAGCACCAUGCAUCCUCUCGGGCUCUCGCUUCUGCUGCUCGAAUACUUGGCUUUCGCUGACUCCGCUUCCUGGACGGUCAAUCAUCCCAAGACCCUCUACGCCUGGAACGGAACCUGCAUCUGGAUUCCUUGCAGCUACAAGAUCCCAGGGACUGGACACACCCUGGAAAACCUGACCGUGUACCACAAUUUUGAGUAUGACAAACGCACCAGGGACUACAUGGGGACCGUCCUCUACAAGAACCAGAAAGCCAAGGAGUUUCCUUCUCGGCAGGAAAGGGUACAAUUCCUGGGAAACGACAGAAACAACUGCACCCUCCUCAUCAGCCCCGUGAACGUCAAUGACACUGGUGAACUGGGGCUGAGGAUGACAUCGGUCGACCAUAAUAAAUGGUUAGAGCCCAUAAGCCUCAACAUCUCAGAGAGGGCUCCUCCACCCCUCAUUCAGCUCCCUUCAGAAAUCCGAGAGCUCCAGGAAGUCACUGCCAGCUGCUUCUUGAAUUUCUCCUGCUCUGGGUAUAAGAUCCAUCUGCAGUGGUCCCUGGAGGGGCAUGCCAACACCUUGACCUUCCUGAAUGUGGAGUCUGUCUCCACCGAGAGCAGGCUCACGUUCAGGGCACAGUGGAUUCACCAUGGCAAGAAUCUGACCUGCCAGCUCUGGGACCCCACACAACAGCAGGUGCUCUCGGAGGAAACUGUGGGGCUGGAUGUGAAGCACACGCCGAAGUUGGAGGUCCAGGUCAGUCCCAGAGAAGCCACCGUAAGAGAGGGGGAGUCCGUGACCAUGACGUGCCAGGUCAUCAGCAGCCACCCUGAGUACUGGCAUGUAUGGUGGUUUAAGGAUGGGACCCUGCUGAGUCGGGAGGGGACACUCAGCCUAACUCUGCCCAGGGUGACCAGGCAGAUGAGCGGGAAGUACCAGUGUCAAGCCCAAAAUGCCAUCGGCUCAGGAAAAUCAGAAGGAGUGGACCUGCAAGUGCACUAUGCUCCAGAAUCUUCCAGGGUUCAGAUCUUCCCCUCACCAGCUAAGGAAGGAGAUAAAGUACAGCUGACUUGUCUAUCACAGGCCAACCCUCCUCCUACAAAUUACACCUGGUAUUACAAUGGGCUAGAAAUGCCUGGAAGGACAAACGAGAACUUCGAGAUCCCCAAGGUCCUUAUUCGGCACGCUGGCAGGUACUCCUGCUUGGCAGAAAACAGUCUUGGUCCUGGACGAGUGGGCGAGGAAGCUGAGCUGGUCGUGCAGUAUCCCCCCCAGGAGGUCAUCACAGUGAUUCAAAACUCUGCACCGAUUCAAGAAGGAGACAGCGUGUCCCUAUACUGCACCUACAAUUCCAGUAACCCCAGAGUUACCCAUUACAGCUGGAACAUCGUAGGCUUCCGGGACCACCUACAACCUGCCUGGCUGAUGAUUCAAAAAGUUGCCUGGAACGCAGGGCCAGUCCAAUGCUCAGCCUGUAACAAGUGGUGCUCGUGGUCCCCCUCUGUCAACCUGGAUGUCCACUAUGCCCCCAAAGAUGUCAGAGUCCUGAUCAGCCCCCCUACUGAGAUUCACUCUGGAUACCGGGUCCUCCUCCAAUGUGACUUCUCAAGUAGCCGCCCCACGGAUGUCCACUUCUUCUGGAAGAAAAAUGGAAUCCCUCUGAAGGAAGGCAGGGACCUGAGAUUUGAGGCCAUCACUCCAGAAGAUGCUGGAAGUUACCACUGCUUGGUCAACAACUCCAUAGGACAGACGACAUCGCAGGCCUGGGAGCUGCGAGUGCUGUAUGCACCCAGAGGGCUGCAUGUGUCCAUUAGCCCCAAAGACGGAGUGGUGGAGGGCAAGACGGCAGUCCUGUCCUGUGAGGGCGACGCCAACCCUCCCAUCUUCCAGUACACCUGGUUUGACUGGAAUAACCAAGACAUCCACCACUACCAUCAGACGCUGAAACUGGAUCCCGUGACGGUGCAGCACUCAGGCGCAUAUUGGUGCCAGGGGGUCAACCAGCUGGGCAGGAACCACUCGCCCCCCAGCACCCUCACUGUCUACUACAGCGCAGCGACCAUCAGCAGGCGCGCAGCUAUGGGAGUGGGGUUCUUCCUGGCCGUCCUCCUCCUGGCAAUCUGGGGAGUCAAGCUUCGGCAAACCUGGAAGAGGAUUCGCAGCCAGCAGGGGUUUCAGGAAAAUUCCAACGGACAGAGCUUCUUUGUGAGGAAUAUAAAGGCUAGAAGGACCCCCCAGGCUGAAGGCCCCCACUCCCUGGGGUGCUACAACCCGGUGAUGGAAGACACCAUCAGCUAUGCUACCUUGCACUUUCCUCUUAGCGAGACCAACGCACAGCGACCUCGAGGUGCGAGGAACCCAGAGGCGCGGGGACUUUCCCCCAACAGGGACGACACGGUCACUUACUCUGUGGUGCAGAGGCGUCAAGUGGGCGACUAUGAGAACGUGACUCCGGAGGUCCAAGAAGACGAGGGGAUACAUUACUCGGAGCUGAUCCAUUUUGGGGUUGGGGAGCGGCCUGUGGCCCCUGAAGGAGUGGAUUACGUGACCCUCAAGCACUGAUGGGCCGAAGCGGCUGAAGUGCACGUGCCCAGGGGCUGCAGGGCAGUCCUGGAACUUUCUCAGCCCCUGCUGUUCGGCCUCGACGUUAUGCGUGAACAUGUGAAGUUAUGGCAACUCUGGAUGGUACAGAGAAUUGUGUGCGUGGUCCAGAGACAGUUGUCCUUCUUAGCCCUGGUGACCGUCACCCCCCAAAGACUGUCCCUGCUGCUCUCCCACUCCCUUCCCACCCAGAAAUCCGUACCUACCCUGCACUGUACAAAUCCCCCUAUGCACCGGUGCCCCCAGCCAUCUGCCACCGGCGACCCCCUCCCAGAUCUCCCCCCAGAACCCCCCCCCCCCCGCCCCAGCUGGCUAGGUCCCUGCUGAGAUCAGCUGGUCCUUAUUUUUAUUUUUAUUUCGUUCUCUCCUCAUCUCUUUGACACCCUGCUCCUGCUCUGAGCACUGCACCCACUGAUCUUAUGCCUAAUUUUUGCCUCUGGGGCCAAGCCCAGGGGAAGAGGGUCAGAAGUGAGGUAGAAAGAGGCACUUCUCAGGACUGGUUUCUCCCCUAAGAGGCAUCUGUGGAGAGGAUUAUGCUGCUGCAGCCCCUCCGUCAGGGGCCUUGUGAUCUGAGACAGAUGCUGAUGUGGCCAACAUGGAACUGGCACGGAGCUGCCCAAUAAACAUGGCUCAGACUCCAUGUCAAAGAGCCAGGGAACGAG